UGAUGACACAUAAAAAGUAGGCAUACCAGUGUAGACAGACGAAAAAACACCAUUAUCACUGGACAUGUACACGUUGGUUUCUCAUAGAAAGAAAAACUAAAAGAGCCACCUAGACCUUCAAGUGCUUACAUAACGAAACGGUUUCGUUAGUGCCAGAUAGAGUAUGAACAGAAACCUUAGGAUACAUGGGAGUGAUUCAGAAUUCUACAUUGCCUGUUACAUGUAUAAGCAAGUUGUUUGCAUUGAUUUCCUUUCAACAUGUACGAGCCGUAUAUUAUCAUCGCCUUAUUCGUAGUAUAUACAGCUAUGCUAGCGAUAUGGUUACCCCCAGGUCGAAUAUCGGCACUGCUGAUCAAAAUAUCAUCGGACGUCAAGAAAAAUCGGACAACAUCCUUUCUUAUUGUCGGGAUAUGCAUUUGGAUUUUGGCGAUACAGACUGACAACAACCAAACGAAAAACAGAUUAAUAUCCAUUGAAGCUAAGCUGGAGGACAUGGAUGCCUAUGUUAUAUCCCAAAACAGGGAAAUGAAUCAGAUGGAGAAAAGGUUUAAUACUUUACUCGAGGCUGAAACACUGGUAUUGAAGGAUACCUUCACGAAAAUCUUGGAGGUUGAAGUUGAGAACCUGUUGAUGAAAGCAAGAAACACAGAUGAAAACAUCGAAACGUUGACUAUAGAAUUAUCAGAAAUGGAACAAAACAUUGAAACAGCAAAUAGAGAAAUGGCAAAGACAAAGAAACAAAUGGAUACUUUAGUUGAAAAAGAAAUACUUGUGUUGAAGACUGAUUUAAAUAAAAAGAAUAAUAAAAUAUUGGGAAAGUUGAGAGAAACAGAUAAAAUACUUGAAGAUCUAGAUGAAAGUAAAAGAACGACAGAACGGAAAGUUGAAAAGGGUGAGGCUGUAUUUCGACAUCUUAAGGAUUAUGUGAAAGAUCAAGACGACAAAAAUUAUCAGUUCAAGGAGGACGUGGAUACACUUUAUCAGAUGUAUAACCGUAUUCAGGAGAAACGAGAAAACAGUUAUCGGUCCCAUCAGGAAAGAGAAAAUGAACGUCAGCGAGAUGUGGCUAGGAAGCCAAGUUUGGUAGUACGGGUAAUCAACCAAGUGAUUAAUGUUGCCGUGCAUACAGUUGGUUCAUAUGUAGGUGGAGCUAUUUUCAAAGCAGUGUCUUGGGUAGGGUCAUGGCUUGGCAUAACGUAAAAAACCUCACGUGAACGCUCCAUCGCCUUCAUAUGUAUUUUCCUUUUUCUAGCUCAAUAUCUCGGUAAUAUACUGGAAUCUAUACUGACAUUUAAACAUUUAAAAGCUUUGAUCUGAUCUACAGCACUCCGCUGAUAAUAUCCUAGCAGCCAGAUAAUCCAUUGUUGUAAAAACAGCUGUUGCACUCGAUCAUUGCGCUAACGAUUCAUACCAGUAUGACAAUAACAAACUGAAUGCAUUGUUCCAUUUCAAUAUUUACAUCAUGAAAUCAGCUAUUGGUCAUUAAAAAAAUAAGAUUCUCAAUUA